AUGGCUCUUUCCACCAUUGCCGCCGCCGCCUCCUCUUCAUUCCUCACCCUCGUUGCCUCCCCUGCAUCCAAAAACACCACCACCUGCUCAAUCUCCCAUAAUUUCGGGCCGCCCCCGCCGGGCAAUUGCAAUAAAUCCUUGAGAGCAGCCGUGAACAGAGCAACCAAAGGUUCCCCUGCCAUUUGUGAGCCGCUCCCUCCCGACAGACCCAUUUGGUUCCCCGGCAGCUCCCCUCCCGACUGGCUCGACGGCAGCCUUCCGGGCGAUUUCGGAUUCGACCCAAUGGGACUCGGUUCGGACCCGGAGCUGCUGAAAUGGUUCGCCCAGGCGGAGCUGAUGCACGCGAGGUGGGCGAUGCUGGCGGUGGCCGGGAUCUUGAUACCGGAAGGAUUCGAGAGGAUCGGGAUGCUGGAGAACUUCAACUGGUACGAUGCGGGCGCCCGGGAGUACUUCGCGGACCCGGUGACCCUGUUCGUGGUGCAGAUGGCCCUGAUGGGCUGGGUCGAAGGGAGGAGGUGGGCCGACAUGAUCAACCCCGGCAGCGUCGACAUCGAGCCCGUGCUGCCGCACAAGCCCAAGCACGAGGCCGACGUGGGCUACCCGGGCGGGCUGUGGUUCGAUUUCUGGUCGUGGGGGACCGGGUCGCCCGAGCCCAUCAUGACAAUGAGGACAAAAGAGAUCAAGAACGGGCGGCUGGCGAUGCUGGCGUUUGUGGGGUUCUGUUUCCAGGCGGUGUAUACAGGGGAAGGUCCGAUUGAGAACUUGAUGGCUCACGUUGCUGAUCCGGGUCAUUGCAACAUUUUCUCGGUAAUAACACACUCUUUGUUGUUGUUGUUGUUGUUGUUGUUGUUGUUGUUGUUGUUGUUGUUGUUGUUGUCUGCUUCUUCUUAA